UAUUCUUCGGGUCGGUCGCCCCGGGGGAAUUGGGUAUUUGGUUGAUCCGUCUCUCUCCCAAGGGCCAAGAGGCCGAGGCUCAUUCCGCAACAUCGGGGAGCCGUACACGUCAGCCUCUGAAGCCUGGUUUCUCCUUGAACCACCGUUGAACUUCGAAUCAACGGUUCAGGUUCUGCUCACCCCUAGCGUGUCGGUGUCACCUCCCUUACCGAUUUGGAAACAUACCUUAGUAUUCCUCACCAGACGAAGCAAAAUCUCCCAGACAAAGACACAGGCAACCAUGGGCGGUGGUAGCAGAAGAAGAAGAUCCAAUAAUAGCAGUAGUGGCAACAAGCAGCACAAAAACCACAGAAGAGGAUCGGCCUCAUAUUUCGGUAAAGCUGACCUCUUUGUUGAUGGUGGCUUUUUGUCCGAUUGGCAGCUUCCUUCAACUUCGUCGCCCUCCAACCGUAAUCCAGGCAAAAAUGCUGGCUCAAAUAAAAAAUCUGGUCCAAAGUCUGGGAAUGUUGCUACACCAGAGGCCUCUGCGUCUAGAAGCAGAACUGGAAUAUCUUGGGGGUCUGCUAUUGGAUAUAUUUAUCCUUCAGUUAAUUUACAGGAGGUAUCAUGCACUGGGAACAACAGUGAAGAUAUUGAACUAAAUCAACUGCAGCCUUUGGAUUUGAAGGAUUUCAAACACAAUAAUGUUGUUGUUCAUAUGGAUCAAGCGCCUCCUUCAAAACCUAAUGAUGUGGAAUAUACUUAUAGUUAUGGUGCGGAAUUUGUUUUAGGUGAUUGCUCUCACAGAGGAUUGGGUUUCUCCGAAGAAGAAGAUGAAACCCCUAGUGAUAUUGUGGCAUCCACUGAACAGACUGAACCCCAGUCAACUUCAGUUCUUGACUCAUUGACCCUUGACAAGGAUAUUCAUUCUAAUGAGGAUAUCAACUGUGAGCUAAGCAAUCACAUGACAGCAGACUCUCCAUCUAGGACGCCCUCUAUGAGAAAUUCUGCCUUUCUCUCUGUUGGAGGUCUUAAAUUAUAUACUCAGGACAUCUCAGAUAAUGAAAGUGAUGGGGAUAGUAAUGCUGAGUCUCAGGACGAAGAGUGCCCAAAAUGUUAUAACUCGGAAGAACUAGAUGGGUCAACUAAUAGCAGUAGUUCUGACGACACAUCUGACAGUGAUUCAGACAUUGAUGGAGAGGUUGCUGAAGAUUAUUUAGAAGGAAUUGGUGGUAGUGAUCACGUCAUAGACGCAAAAUGGUUGCUAGAACCAGCAUUGGAUGUUUCAGAUGAUGAUAGUUCUUCUAGCAGUUGCUAUGAUGAAGCUUUGGAGAAGUUGGGUGGAAUGGCCCUCCAACAAGCUUCUGUGGAAUAUGGUAUGAAAAAAGCUCAUCCAUGGAAGAAAUGUUCUGCAGAUUAUAGGUCUCAAGGGUCGAGCACUAUUUCUUUUGGAAAGAAGCAUGCUGCACGGUUUCCUCAUUCAUGGCCAUCGCAGAUUCAAAAGAGUAAAGCCUCCAAAAGAAUUCAUGGUGAAAAGAAAAAACUUAGACAAGAAAGAAUAGCUGCCAAACGCAAAGUGAGAAUGCUACGUCGUGGGGUUGAUCUUGAACGAAUUAACUCGAAACUAGAGCAACUUGUUUUGGAGGAAGUAGAUAUGUUUUCCUUUGAACCUAUGCAUUCUCGGGAUUGUUCACAGGUGCAACGCUUAGCUGCGAUUUAUAGUUUGCGUAGCAGCUGCCAAGGUGCCGGAAAAAAGAGAUUUGUGACAGUACAGCGAACACAGUCCACAUCCAUGCCAUCUUCAAGUGGGAGACAACGGUUGGAAAAGUUGAUAGGAGUUGAUGAUGAGGACGCGGACUUUUCUGUGAUUGACUUUAUGAAUGAUAAGUCAGCGAGUGGAAAUAAAAAAAUGGGAAAGAGAAAUUCAAGGAGGAAUGUCCUGAGCCCAUCAGAGAGCAAGACAUCAAAGCAUCCAGCUGGUCAAGGCAGCAGCAAAAUGAAAGACAAGAAAGGAAGUGGACGGAAGGUUUCAUAUGCAAGUCAACCCGUGUCAUUCAUAGCAAGUGGUGUUGUAAAUUCAGAAGCUAUGCAGAUUACAGCUGCAGAUUCUGAAGAAAUUGAUGGCACUAAGAAGGGCAUUAUUAACUCUGCUAAUAUAGGUUCAUUUGAGGUACACACUACUGGUUUUGGAUCGAGAAUGAUGGCUAAAAUGGGAUACAUCGAAGGAGGAGGUCUGGGGAAAAAUGGUCAGGGUGUAGCAGAACCCAUUGAGGUUAUCCAAAGACCCAAAUCACUAGGCUUGGGAGUGGAAUUCUCUAGCAACCCUCCUGUUGAGCCAGCAAGGAACAAGUCUUCUUCAAACAUUGGCUCUUUUGAAAAGCAUACCAAAGGCUUUGGAUCAAAGAUGAUGGCUAAGAUGGGUUUUGUUGAAGGUAUGGGAUUAGGCAAAGAUUCACAAGGUAUCACUACUCCAUUGGCUGCCGUCAGGCGUCCCAAGUCCCAAGGACUUGGGGCCAAAGGCAGGUAGUUUUGCUUGCAUGCCAUUUGUUUGUUGGUUAAGAUUGUACCUGCCGGAAUUAAAGAAUGGAGUCAACUCUUUGUUCUAGAUCUAUUUAUGAUCAUGCACUGGUUACAACCUUUCUAGGUUACUUUUAGUUUAUUUUGUCAUGACGACGUUUGAAAUCAUCAUGCUCAAUCUAAAUUGGAUCAUAUGUGUAUUAGAAUGUUAAAGUAUGUCCUCUCAUACUAUAACAAUGAAUAGUCAGAAAGAUAACCCAUGGCGUAUGUCAAUUUUACUUACUAAAAUUCAUCAUCUUUUGGCAA